GGUGGUGACUAUUGAGUAGUGAAUGAUAACUUCGAGCAAGCUUUCUACAACCUUAAUGGUUAAAUUUUAAUAUCAGUCGACUCAGUCGACGUCGUACCACUUGUGAUUCAUGUUCUAGUCUUAAAUAAAUUUUACUUAUAUUAAUAUAUGAGGUUUUUUUCGAUACAACAAUAAUAAUUUAAUUCAUUUCAUCGACUCUUUGUGGUCUGAGCAUUUUUUUAUUAAUAGUCGCUAAUUUGUCAUCGAUUACAGUAAAUAUGAUUUUUCAGUUUUUCGAUAUUUCGUACUAGUAAAAGGAAUAUUGGUUAUAAUUGCACUGCCAUUCACUUGUUGCGAUAAUGGAUUUUCACACUUUACUUUACCAGGCACAAAAAAACAACACUAAAGACAAAGAAGUUAAAUAUUUCAAAGCAUCAUUGGAUCCACCAAAAAAAGAAACAAAAGAAAGUAGACAAUUGUCUGAUAGUAUAAAGAAGUUUUUAGCAAAAAGAGAUGAAGAAGAUAGACUCAAACAAAUAGAAGAACAGAAAAAAAAAGAUGAAUUAUUAUUGUUGCGUAGUCAAGAUAGAAAAUCAUUCAAAAGGGUUCAGUCUAUGUUAAACCGAACUAAGUCAGCAAAUAAAUCAGUUAUCGAGGAUGCUAAAGAUGAUGUUAAUACAUCUGUUACCAUGGCUGGUUAUAAUCAACCCGAUGAAGAUGACUAUGGAUAUGUUUCUAAAGAUGCCAUGGACAUUUAUAACAAUAUCAUGAAAAAAUAUGUAAAUACUCCAGCUGAUUCAAGAAAUGCAAAAACUGCUAAUCACAGAAGUCACGACAUUUCUGGUACUAAAGAUCGUGUUAGAGCAGCAUUGCUGAAAGAAGAAGAAGAUCAAUUAUUGCCACAUAAAAGAAAAAGAAAACCUAAAGAUAUAGAGAAUGGUGAAGAUAAUCAGGAUAGUGUUGAGCCACAGCAAAAAAAAUCCAAACCUGAUAUUAAUACAGAGAAAAUCAAAAAACGACCAGCACAACCUCCGCCAUUAAAUUUUCAAGAAUUACUGAAAAUUGCUGAAAAAAAACAAUAUGAACCUAUAAUUAUUGAAAAACCUAAGAAAGAAGAACCUUUACCUAUGAUGACCAAGAAAGAAAGACAAAAAUAUUUAGAAGAAAAAAGAACUGAAGAAAUAAGGCAAGCUCGGCGACAAGGCAAGUCCUUACCUAUUAUUGAUAAACCCAAAGAAAGUAAACCAGUUGAACGGAUUCAAAAAUCAUUUGCCUCUUCUUCAAAAGUUGAUUUGCAUGCAGAGGAUAAACUGAAAAAGAAUGCUUCUGUAUGGUCCAAAGACCUUAAAAUUAGUAAAGAGCUAAAUAAUAAUAGUAAAAAUGACAAAUAUGUACCUAGGCUAUUAAAUAAUUCUGAAAGUUCACGAAUUAACUCAAAUGGGAAUAGAAUCACCUCUAAAAGUUCAACAGAAAAAAAUAUGUUGAACGAAAAGAGGUAUAAUUCUAAUGAUGAACGUUAUUCACCAAAACCUAGAGGUAUUCCAAAAAAUGAUAGAUAUGUAUCCCAAUCAAGAAGUUCAUCAUCUGAACAAUAUUCGCCAAAGCCUAAGAGUUCAAUGACAUCUGAUAAAUAUGUUUCGAAAUCAACCCCUACUGAGAGAUAUGUGCCUCAAUCUAGAAGUUCGUCAUCUGACCAGUAUUCACCAAAACCAAAAAGUUCAAUGGCAUCUGAUAAAUAUGUUUCGAAACCAAUCCCUACUGAAAGAUAUGUGCCUAAAUCUAGAAGUCCGCCAUAUGAUAAGUAUUCUCCAAAACCGAAAAGUUUAAUGCCUUCAAAUAAAUAUGUGUCAAAAUCAACUUCUAUUGAAAAAUAUGUGCCCAAAUCGAGAAGUCCACCAUCUGAUAAAUAUUCUCCAAAUCCUAAAAGUUCUAAUAGCAAUUUUUCAAAACCAACUCUUACUGAAAAAUAUGUGCCUAAACCAAAAUUCUCAACUGAUGAGAAAUAUUCACCAAAACAAAAGAGUACUGUACAACCAGAACGAUAUGUGCCCAAAGUAAAAAGCUCAUCUUCCACAGAACCAUAUACACCUAGUGCAAUUAAGAACUCAACUGAAAAAUAUAGUCCUAAACCAAUGUCAUCUCAAAGCAUGAAAUUAAAACCUACCAGCUCAAAUGAUAAAUAUGUCCCAAUGUCAGUUGAUAAAUCUAAAAAGUUACUGACUAACAAUAGUAUUAAAUCUAAACAACUAACACCCAAGGAAAUGGCAUCCAAACAAUUUCCUCCUAGAGAUAUGAAACCUAAGCAGUUCCCACCUAGAGAUAUGGUGCCGAAGCAGUUCCCACCCAGAGAUAUGAUCCCUAAACAAUUUCCACCUCCUGAUAUGAGAAGACGAGAUGAUCGACGUAUGCCAAUGCGCAACAAACGUCAAGUCAUUGAAUCAGAUUCGGACGAGUAUGAUUCUGAAUUGGAUGACUUUAUUGAUGAUGGGCCUGAAGAGGAAGCUGAUUACUCAAGAGUUAUUUCAGAAAUUUUCAAAUAUGACAAAUCAAAAUAUAGAGGAAUGGACGAAGAUGAUGAAUGCAUGGAGUCUGAUUACCGUACUCUUCAAAAAGAAGAGUAUAAGAGUACUAGAGCUGGGAUUUUGGAAGAUUUAGCAGAUAUUCGAAGAGAAAAACAAAUGAUGAAGAGACGAAAAAAACUUUAAUUUUCAAACUAUUUAUUUUGAUAUACAUAUUUUUGUUACCUUAAUUUGUAUAAUCUUGUUUUUUUAAGGUUUACUAACCUUUACUAAGACAUAUUUUUGGUAUAAUUAAAUAUAUGUAGUAUAUAUAUUAUUCAUUCAAAUUAUUUUACUUAAGAGGACACUACACAGACAUUUGUUGUUUCUGUCUUACAAGUGCGUAAUAUAGACAAAAUACGUUUAGAAGAUUAGGUUUAGCUUUGUCAGUUUAAAAAUUAGAGUAAAUCGACCUAUAAUGAAACUUGAUGGUAAGAACAUUUUCUGUGUUUGUAUGUGGGUUUUUACAAUAAUUCAUUUUUUUAAAUGAGUUGUGAGCAUUUUUAAUUUACUAUAUUUUACAUUAGCAAAACUUGCUAAAAAAUUGAGUUAUCGUAAAAACCCACAUACAAACACAGAAAAUGCUCUUACCAUCAAGUUUCAUUAUAGGUCGAUUUACUCUAAUUUUUAAACUAACGAAGCUAAACCUAAUCUACUGAACAUAAAUUGUAUAUGUUAUGCACUUAUAAGAUAGAAACAACAAAUGUCUGUGUAACGUUUUCUUUAGUUACAAACAUUUUUAAAUAAUUUCCUUACUAACCAUACUUGAUGAUUUGCUAUUCAUAGUAUUAGAAUUAAAUUUAAACUUAAUUUGCAUUUUGUAUA